UUCCUCGUAUAUUUACCACUUAAUGUGGAGCACUAUCCCAAAAUCACAAUAAAUAUUGGAAGUGUAGGGCUCGCUUAAAAGCUGCUAAAUUUUCAAAACAUUUCCUUCUAGUUCCAGAUUGAAGAAUUAUUAUACGUGAAAUACCUCUUAUAUAUAAAAUAUUAUAAAAUGCGCCGUUCGUGUGCACCUUCAAUGUUAAGGGCACGAGAAGAUGAGAAACGCAGGAAGAUCGAUGGUCUGUUUGAAACUGAACGAAGCAGCGGGGAUGAAGUGACCUCAACCACUGGAAAUGAGGAAUGUUGGGGCACCAGAAAUAGAGGAGGUGGUAAAUUUGAAAAAGAAGCCGCCAAAGAAAACUUUGAUGCAUUUAGUUCUAAAAUAAUUUUUAAUGUUGUGUGGCGUGAAAUUACAAAAAAGAAGCAUAAAACAUGGGACGGUGAUGGCUUACUAGAAGUGCAGUUGGAUGUUCCAAAAGCGGUGCUUAAGGACAGCUCCGGUAGAUACAUUGGUACCAAUACAAAGUUCAAAGCUGAUGAGUUAGAAGAAGGCUACCAAAUGGUUGUAGGCGGGAAGGAGAUUGAAUUAUUAGAGCAAAUUACCGACAGAAAUUUAUAUUUUGCUUUGCGUAAAAAAACAGCCGAUAGUCGCUGGAACGUUGAAGAAGAGCUGCAAAGUAGUGGAGUCGACAAAAAGAUAAAGUUGUCUACUUUAUACCAAGCACCAUGUGCUCUAAAAAAUAGUACUGAGUUGAGGGCUGAAAACAUACCAACCACAAGCGGAAUCCAAAAAAGAAAUUAUACUGAAUCCCUUGAAUCAGCUAACCUUAAAGUAAUUUUCAAUGUCGUCUGGCGAGAAAUUACUACAAAAAAGAAUAAAACAUGGAAUGGUGAUGGUAUAUUUGAAGUGCAUACAGGUAGUAAGCGAGGUAUUCUAAAGAACGAGAGGGGACAGGAAAUGGGUACUCUAGAAAAAGUAAAUUUAGCUGUAUUAGAAGUUGGUACAUUUUUGGAAAUUGAGGAUAAAGAACUAGAAAUUUUAGAAAUUGUAUCACAAGACAGACAUGAAAAGGAAAAUAUUAAGCAGACAUCGCAUAAAGUACACCGAAAAUGUUCACCCAGCGUCAUAGUUAACGGUUUAUUAUUACCUUUCCCACCAGCAGAAUAUAUUACAGUAUUGAAUACUAUGUGUCGACCAAUUCAACCGGUCGAAAUCUCACCCAAGGUCGCCCAACAUUUGCGUCCGCAUCAACGAGAAGGUGUCGUCUUUCUUUAUCAAUGCGUAAUGGGAUUCAAAAAUCCAACUCAUCGUGGAUGUAUACUUGCAGACGAAAUGGGCUUGGGCAAAACCCUACAGUGCCUAACGCUGGCUCGUACACUUUUGAAAGAAGGGCCUUACGGAGGUGAACGUGUAAUGCAGCGCAUCUUAAUUGUUACACCCAGCACACUCACUCGAAAUUGGGAGCAGGAGGUGAGUAAAUGGUUAAAAACUGAGCGCAUGUAUGCAUUUGUUGUGGGUGGUAAACAAAAGUUGGAUUGCUAUGCACAUCAGCAGCAUGUUCCAUUUGUAAUUGCUUCAUAUGAGAAUCUACUUGCAAAUGCUUCAGAUUUUCAACGUCUAAAAUUUGAUUUGCUAAUUUGCGACGAAGGCCAUCGCCUCAAAAAUCAGUCUACAAAAAUUGUAGCUUCACUUCGAGAACUUAACAUUCCUUGUCGUAUAAUAAUUACCGGAACACCUGUGCAAAAUGAUUUGGGCGAAUUCUUUGCCUUAGCCGAUUUUGUGAACCCCGGUAUUUUUGGCACAAAACAGGAAUUUCAUUCGUACUACGAGGUUCCAUUGCAGCAGAGCCAAUGUCCUGAUGCUAGUAUUGAAGUUAAGAAUAUAGCGGCACAGCGGACACAAGAGCUAAUGCAAAUCUCAGAACAAUUUGUGCUUCGACGGCUACAGCACGUGAAUGGACAGUACUUGCCUAAAAAGUACGAGUAUAUAUGCUUUGUACGGCCAUCGGAGCUACAGCAGUUUUUGUUACAAAAAGCACUUCAACUUUAUGCCCAACGAAAGGAAACCAUUCUAAAAGAUCUAUCACCGCUUCAAUUAAUUACUGUAUUGCAAAAAAUUUGCAAUCAUCCUUCGUUGGUGGCGCGGACUAAAACCCCUAAUGUACUGACGCGCCAUUUGGAACGUUGUUUGCCUGAUUGGGCGGAAAUGGGACCCUUUGAUUCCGCGAAAUUAGAACUAGUGCAGAAUUUACUUGUCGCUUCGGCUGUGCAAAAUCAAGAAAAAUGUGUUCUAGUUUCAAACCAUACUAAAACACUCAAUAUGUUGCAGGGCUUGUGUGACUUUUUGGACAUAAAAUGUUUGCGUUUGGACGGAUCCACAAAUAUUGCUCAAAGAAAUUCAAAUGUCGAAAAAUUUAAUAGCAACGCAGAUGAUUCGCUAGUAUUUUUACUGAGUGCAAAAGCUGGAGGUGUUGGUCUUAAUUUGAUAGGGGCUUCAAGGUUAAUACUUUUCGACCAUGAUUGGAAUCCAGCGACCGACGCUCAAGCGACGUCACGCAUAUGGCGCGAUGGGCAGCAAAGAGAUGUGCACAUCUAUCGACUGGUGACCGCUGGUUGUAUUGAAGAAAAGAUAUUCCAAAGACAAAUUGCGAAAAUGUCGCUGGGCGAUUGUGUAACGCAAACUAUUGCCAGUGGGAGUUUUGAUAAAGCCAUGAAAUUUUCAGCAGAUGAGCUUUUAGAUUUGUUUAGCUUACAGGAAGAUUAUUCUAAAUGCCAAACACAUGAAAGUUUGAAUUGCAGAUGCAAUGGCGAUGGAGAGAAAUUGGCUCUUGACACAACUACUAGUGCUCGAAAGAUGAAUGAAUUAAUGAACUGGAAGCAUUAUAAACCGCCAUUUGACCUUGAUUUUUUGGAGGCGACAUGUCUGGACAAAGCGGGCGAUAAUCUCAUGUAUGUGUUUACCAAUGAGAUUGACUUUAGUUAAAUAAGUUA